ACAAAAAGUUUGAUUUCAAAUUUUGAAUCUCGUAACGGCCAAAGCUUCAAUAACUUCUCCUAUAUUCUUCUUCUUCUUCUUCUUCUUCUCUUUGUGUAUCUUCAAACUCACAAACCUCACACAAAAAUGGCGUCACUGGCCCCCGGAAUCCUCCUAAAACUCCUUCAAUGUAUGAACUCAGGCACACGUCCCACCGGAGACCACAGAUCUGCAAUCUUACAAGUCACCGGAAUCGUCCCAGCUCUCGCCGGCUCCGAUCUAUGGCCAAACCAAGGCUUCUACGUUCAAAUCUCCGAUUCUCUCAACUCCACUUACGUCUCUCUCUCCGAACGCGACACAGAUCUAAUCCUCACUAACCAUCUUCAACUAGGUCAAUUCAUUUACCUAGAACGCUUAGAAUUCGCUACUCCAGUCCCACGCGCCGCCGGAAUUCGUCCCGUCGCUGGUCGUCAUGCAUUCGUUGGAACUCCGGAGCCGUUGAUUGCAAGAGUAUCGCCUGGAUCUAAAAGUGAUUUCGUUAUUCAACCAGUUUCUGACUCUGAGUACUCGUUAGAUCCUAUCGCUGUUUACUUGAACAAUAGAAGAAUUGAAGAUGACGGCGACGGAGAUGUUACGAAACCUAGUUUGAGACAAGCGCUUGCUCCGGUGAAUCAAAACGAAGAGAAUCGUAACCAAAUACGAUGGCUAUCUAGGUUGUAGCGUUUUCCACAUUGAAGCAGAACUCUCCACUAAUUUUAGAGCCUUUUGUUGGCUAUCUAGGUUUCUAAAAGUAUUAUCAAUUUUAACGUUUAGAAUAUACCAAAUAAUCAAUA